CAGGACUUGAACAAGUAGAAGUUUUGCAUUAGAGAACCCUGAAUGCAAGAGAAAACAAAGUAUUGUCCAUCCGUAAUGGAUCUUCAUUGUGGAAGCUUUCUGGCUUUCGAUGAUGACAAAGAAGACUAACUAUGAUUAAGGCCAGAGCCAAAUGAGACUUUUAUCCCUCGGAAAACAUGAGAUAGUACGUGCACCAGCUUUUAUUGAACUUGAGAUUGAUAGUUGGACGCUGGAAGACAGUUGGAAGGCAUCAUGAAUUACUAUGUCGGGGUUGAUGUGGGGACUGGUAGCACCCGGGCUGCACUUUUUGACGGCGAUGGGAAAUUAAUCAAGAUCUCCAACAGUCCCAUUGAGAUAUUUAACUCUGUUCCGGAUUUUUAUGAACAGUCCUCGGAGGAUAUCUGGGAUUCUGUCAAGAAAGUUGUCAAGAAUGUUGUUAAUGGAACGCCCAAGGAAUCUAUCAAGGGUAUUGGGUUCGAUGCGACUUGCUCUCUGGUGCUUCUGGAUGGAGCUGGAAGGCCUGUGACAGCGAGUUUAAAUGAAAUUCCUUCUUCAGGGGAUGACAGACGCAACGUCAUCCUGUGGCUGGACCACAGGGCGGAGGCAGAGGCCAAUUUUAUCAACAUGAUGGGCAACGAAGUCCUAAACUACGUCGGGGGGAAGAUCUCCCUCGAAAUGGAAAUUCCGAAAAUCUUGUGGCUGAAGAAAAAUCUUCCCGACACUUGGAAUCGAGUGAAGCUGAUGUUCGAUCUUCCAGAUUUCCUCACGUGGAAAUCCACUGGUUCAGAGUCUAGGUCUCUCUGCUCUCUCGUAUGCAAAUGGACUUACGGAGCCAAUCCUGACGGUAAAAACGGAUGGAAUGAGGAGUUUUUCAAUGAAAUUGGACUCUCAGUAUUAAAGGAAAAUAAUUGGCAGAGAAUUGGGAAUGAGGUGAAAGCUCCUGGGGAAGCUGUGGGAAAAGGCUUAUCCCGAACAGCUGCGUUCGAAUUGGGAUUGGCAGAGGGAACCCCUGUUGGUACAUCAAUUAUCGACGCCCAUGCUGGGGGUCUGGGGAUGAUUGGCUGCUCUGCUCCCGAUAUAUCCAAUAAUUUCACCAGUAGAUUAGGACUCAUUUGUGGUACAUCCACGUGCCACAUGGCAGUGAGUGACAAACCUACGUUUGUGGAGGGCAUCUGGGGCCCUUAUUACAGCGCAAUGGUUCCCUCUCUGUGGCUCAAUGAAGGGGGACAAAGUGCCACUGGAAAAUUAAUAGAUCACGUUAUCGAGAUUCAUCCGGCCGCUAGUUCCAUUCGAAAAAAAAUCUAUGGAAAGAUGCACAUCCAGCAGUAUUUAUCGAAUUUAUUACAAACAAUGGCCGAACAACGAAAUUUCCCUGAUGUUUCUUAUCUCACCAAGGACUUGCACGUGUGGCCGGAUUUUCACGGAAACCGCUCACCCCUGGCUGAUCCCAGCCUCCAGGGCAUGAUCUCAGGACUCUCGCUAUCGUCUGACGAGGAAAAUCUCGCGAUGAUGUAUCUUGCCACCAUUCAAGCCCUUACUUAUGGGACUAAACACAUCCUGGAAUCCCUGUCAAACUCAGGGUACUCCAUUGAAACGAUCCUGAUAUGCGGUGGUUUGAGUCAGAAUCCCCUGUUCGUUCAAAUUCACGCAGACGUUCUCAAUCUUCCAGUUUUAAUUCCUUCCGAGAGGGAGUCGGUUCUCCUGGGUUCAGCAAUACUGGGAUCUUGUGCUGCAGGUGCCUAUCCCUCGGUCAACAAAGCCAUAACAGCAAUGGCAGGUAGUGGAAGUCUCGUGAAACCCAGACCUGUUUCUUAUCAAUAUCACGUGAAGAAGUACAAGGUCUUCAAGAAACUUUUGAAUGACCAGAGGGAGUAUAAGAAGAUGAUGAACGAGGCAAUCUGAUCGAUGUAUUCCGUCCAAAAAGAAUGACAAGUUAAUUUUCUCGCGUUUCAAUAAUGAGAUUUAUUUUUCGAAACAUUUUCUACAUUUUGAAAGCAGUAAAAUACACUAUAAUAUUUCAUAUCCAUUCAGUAACAAAAGGAAAUACAAUAAUACUAUACUUGUGCGAUUUAACGUAACUUCUGUGCAAAUAAUUGAAACAAAUGUCGAAUUAAUGAGGGAAAAUACUAAUUGCAAAUAUAAUUGAUUCCAUUAAUA